AUAUUGAUAGAUUUAGGAUUGAUAUUGAAUAUGCUGAAUUUUGCAGGUCUAUGAAUGUCUAAAAAUGUUUAGAGAAGGAAUCAUUUGUUUUUAAUAAGUUCAUUAUCUCUAUUUACCAUAGCUGUUAAUAAAAUUAUAGCAUAAUCUCAGUUCUAGAAUGAAGAUAAUUAAUUUGUUUAAUGCAUUUAAUCGUCAAAUUUAUAAGAACUAUUAUUACAAAAUUUUUGGAUUAAAGAUUCAUAGUGGUAAAGCUAAUGUACCUACCAAAAGUUUAAAACAAGUGUAUCAUCAAAAAUUUUUAAUAGCAAAAUAUUCUAAUUGGGCAAUAAAACAAGAAAAUAUCAUUCAAGAAAGCAAGAUGUCAGACUAUGUGUUUCCCAAUGAUCAGCCUGUUGUGUUAUUAGAUUGUGAAAAAGCUUUUUCUGCUCUCACGAAUCAAGAAAAACUCUAUGCACAUUAUUUAUCUCGUGCAGCAUGGUAUGGUGGCUUAAUAGUGUUGAUGCAAACAUCACCAGAGAGUCCAUUGAUUUUUGCCUUCCUUUAUAAAUUGUUUAAACAGCAAUCAAUAGAAGAAUUAAAACAAAUUGCAAUUCAAGAAUGUGAAUUCUCAGACGAUGAUUUCACUGCAUUACUUGUUUAUUUCUCUGGAAUAUUGACAAAUAUGGGCAAUUAUAAAGGAUUUGGUGAUACAAAAUUUGUUCCUGAUCUUCCAAAGGCUAAAUUUGAAAAGCUUCUGAAAGCAAGUAUGGCAUAUAAAAAUGAACCAGAUCUUCUUGAAAUGAUUUGGAAGAAUUGUUCUGAAUCUAUUUAUUCUCUGAAUAGCCAUGAGAAGCAGCUUGGAUUUCAAGGAAAGGGAAUUACAACAUAUUUCUCAGGAAAUUGUACAAAAGAAGAUGCUGAUAUUGUUACCAACUUUUUAAAAGAAAAGAAUAUUGAAGCUUAUAAUAGUAGAGUGUUUAAAACUGUUGAUGAUGAUGGAAUCAGUACAUAUGAAAUUCGGUUAGCUUCUGUAGCUUCUACAGAGGAUAAUGAAGAUUCAGGACUUCUUGGGCAGCACAUCAUUAAUGGAUGUAAAUUUGUAUUAACACGUGGUGAUUAUUCUAAAUUACUUAAGUGUGUAAAUGCUAGUUUACAGAAAGCUAAGAUUUUCUCAGCAAAUGAAGAUGAAAAAAAAAUGUUGGAUAAGUAUGUUCAGAGCUUUAGAACAGGAUCAUUAGAUGCUCAUAAAGAUGGUUCUCGUUAUUGGAUAAAAGACAAAGGGCCAGUAGUAGAAACUUACAUAGGAUUUAUUGAAACAUAUAGAGAUCCUGCUGGAAUGAGAGGAGAAUUUGAAGGAUUUGUUGCAGUAGUAAAUAAAAAUAUGAGUGCCAAAUUUAAUGAACUUGUUAAUAAUUCUACAAAAUUUUUGCCAUUAUUACCUUGGCCUGCUGCAUAUGAGAAAGAUAAAUUCUUGAAACCAGAUUUUACAUCUUUAGAUGUAUUAACUUUUGCUGCAAGUGAUAUUCCUGUUGGUAUAUGUAUACCAAAUUAUGAUGAAAUUAGACAAGAUGAAGGCUUCAAAAAUGUGUCUUUGGGUAAUGUUCUAUUGGCAAGUUUUAGGGAAACAUCACCAAACUUUUUAAAUAAAUCUGACCAAGAAUUAUUUAGUAAACACAGAGUAGGAGCUUUUGAAGUGCAAGUAGGCUUGCAUGAACUUCUAGGUCAUGGAAGUGGAAAACUUUUCAGAAGAGAUAAAGAUGGUUCUUUCAAUUUUGAUAAAGAAACUGUUCUUCAUACAGAAACCAAAGAAAAGAUUUCAAGUUGGUAUGAUGAAGGAGACACAUUUUAUUCUAAAUUUGCGGCACUUGGGUCAUCUUAUGAAGAAUGUAGAGCCGAAUGUGUGGGAUUAUAUUUAUCAGUUGAUCAAGAAGUUUUGAAAAUAUUUGGCUACACAAAAGAUGAAGCUGAAGAUGUUAGUUAUAUGAAUUGGCUUGGAACAGCUUAUAAAGGACUUGAAGGAUUGCAAAUGUAUGAACCUAACUCUAAAUCAUGGUUACAAGCUCAUUGUCAAGCACGUUAUGUAAUACUUCAAGUACUUUUGGAAGCUGGAAAUGGCUUUGUUAAUAUAGAAAAAACAGAUGGUGCUGAUGGUAAACCAGAUUUGCUGUUCACAAUGGAUCGAAGCAAAAUAAAAUCUAUAGGAAUGCCUGCAAUUGAAACUUUUCUGAGAAAAUUACAGGUAUAUAAAGCAAUUGCUGAUGUGGACAGUGCUACCAAAAUGUAUGAGAAGUAUUCUGCUGUUUCAAAAGAUGGACCUUUUCCAUUUCUUAAUUAUAGAGAGAUUGUUAUGGCAAGGAAAAAGCCUCGAAAGAUGUUUGUACAGUCAAAUACUAUUUUAGAAGGUGACACAGUUAUUUUGAAAAAUUAUGAUGCCUCACCUGUUGGUUUAAUUCAGUCAUGGGUUGAUCGUUUCAAAGAUGACCAACUAGAAGAAAUUUUAAUUGAAGAAUGGGAAAAAGAUAAAUGCCAUUUUAGAUAUAGUUAAUAAUGUAUCAUUUUUUAAAAUUUGAUAAUUUUUUUAUGUGAAGCAUUUUUCUAAAUUUACUUUGAAUUAU